AUGGCUUCUUCUUCUGAUUCCGCUGCUGCUUUUCCCUCUAUCACUCAAGCUGUUCAUAUCAAGCUUGAUCGCAAUAACUAUCCCCUUUGGUUGGCCCAGAUUCUCCCUCUCCUCAAGAGUCGCAACCUGAUGUCCUUACUCUUCCGGCUAAAUAUCGCUAUUGGCAUUCUUUUUGCAAAUCUUAUAAAUUAUAGAACUAACAAAAUUACAGAGGGAUAUGGAUGGAGGGUGUCACUAGGUUUGGCUGCCAUUCCAGCAGGUUUGCUAACUGUUGGGUCUCUCAUUGUGGUUGACACUCCUAACAGUUUGAUCGAACCAGGUAAGUUGGAGGAAGGAAAAGCAGUUCUUAAAAGGAUUAGGGGUGUUGACAAUGUGGAUCCAGAAUUCUUAGAGAUUGUCGAGGCAAGUGGUGUGGCAAAAGAAAUGAAGCAUCCUUUCAGAAACCUCCUUAAGCGUAGGAACAGGCCUCAAUUGGUCAUUGCAAUUUGGAUGCAGAUUUUCCAGCAAUUCACUGGUAUUAACGCAAUCAUGUUCUACGCUCCAGUUUUGUUCCAGACCUUGGGAUUAAAGAGUGAUGCUUCCCUCUACUCAGUUGUUAUCACAGGAGCUGUCAAUGUCCUCUCAACCAUUGUAUCAAUAUAUUUUGUCGACAGAGCUGGUCGUCGUGUUCUAUUGUUAGAAGCUAGUGUCCAAAUGUUCCUUUGUCAAUUGGUGGUUGCAAUAAUAAUGGGACACAACUUGAAGGAUCACUCUAACAACCUCGACCAUGGCUUGGCAAUUGUUGUGGUGAUUAUGGUUUGCAGUUUUGUUUCAUCCUUCGCGUGGUCUUGGGGACCUCUUGGGUGGUUGAUCCCUAACGAGAUGCUCCCAUUAGAGGCCCACUCAGCCGGCCAGAGUGUGGCUGUCUGUACCAACAUGCUCUUCACCUUUAUCAUAGCACAGGCCUUCCUCUCAAUGUUUUGCAACAUAAAGUUUGGCAUUUUCCUCUUCUUCACAUUUUGGGUCUUUGUCGUGACAAUUUUCGUUGUGAUCUUAAUUCCUGAGACCAAGGGCGUCCCUAUUGAAGAGAUGACUGAGAGAGUAUGGAAGAAGCACUGGUUUUGGAAGCGAUAUAUGGAUGAAAUCGAAGAUAAUCCCAAGGCCCAGGCAAAUGCUUAA